CAGGGCGGCCACGGACCGGGGCCCCUGUGUGCUGAGAGGAGUGGCUUAAAAGGAAGAGGAAGGGAGUGUUCGCCUUAAAAAUAACAGCGAUUGCGCAGGACGUCCGUCUGACCCACCGGACAGACCCCACUACUUCCACGGGCCUUCCCGGAUCGAGGCAGCCACCGGCCUCCUCCGCGCCGAGGCGUCUUGGUGUCCUGGGGACUGGGACGCGGCCGCGCACCGCCUGGCGUCCCAGAAAGUACGGGGACGCUGGGGGAAGACUCGGUGCCAGACUUCCUUCCCUCUCUCACCCCCUAAUGUCUUCUGUCCUGCGCCUUCCUCCUGCCUGGAGCACGGAUGUGAUGCUGGAGGUGGAGCAGCGGUCUUGUGACCAUGAGGCUACAGGCAGGAGGACAAAAGCUUCAUCCAGGAUGACGGCUGGACAGAGAGACAGGCAGCGCCGAGGCCCUGCAGGCAGGGGUUGGAAGCAGCUGCUUUACCCCACGCUGCUUGUUAUGCAGGAAACAUAAAGGGACAUAAAGCCUGGGGGGCUCAGUGGUCGAGGGGCCCAGGGCGUGACCCCGGGGCCCCGGGAUCUAGUCCCGCGUCGGGCUCCCUGCAUGGAGCCUGCUUCUCCCUCUGCCUGUGUCUCCGCCUCUCUCUAUGGGUUUCUCGUGAAUAAAUAAAUAAAAUCUUAAAAAAAAAAAAAAAAAGAAAAGAAACCUAGAGCCCAUUUGGUGAAGAAACCAUUGUAAGUUGGGCUUUAUUUAAUCCCUAAGCAGUGCAUCCAAGAAUAAUCAUUACUAAUUGAAAGAAAAAAACAAGGCCCCUGGAGGAAUUUGAAGUUGGCCUCGUUUGUAACCGUGCGCGCCCUGGAACCUGGACCCCGCACCUUCCCGGGCACGGAGGAAAGGCACCCCGGACGCCGGGUGGGCCCCCCGACCUCACCCAAACCCCAGAACAAGCCGCUCUCAGCCCCUGCUGGGACCGCUCUGCGGGCUGCAGGAGGGCCAGAGGUCAGCAGGGGGGUCACCGGGGCUCGGGGGCUGUUUGGCAGGCUCUCCUGACGGGUACCAGCAGAGACCCAAGGGCCCGAGAAAAUGGGGGAGUGGAGCUGGGGGAAGGAAGUGAAGCACUGAAUAGAGCCUUAGGCUUUAGCUGCAAACUCUGCACUGAUCUCCAGAAUGAACAGAGGCGGCUCCAUCCCAUUUCUGCUCAUUUCCCAGUGCGGUUACCUGGGGGCACGCCCCGGGGCCGCUGGCCCUCACCACAGGCCCGCCCCACACCCCCCGGGCGUCUUCCCUCCCGCCACCCUUGGCACCGCCUUGGGUUCCGAGCAGGAGGGGUGGGCAGGGGCUCCUCCUGGCAUUCACCCCCUCCUGCCCACCUGUCGUCUCCAUCAGCUCCAGGGAGCUCCGCACGGCCCUGGGCCAGGGUCACACUACGUAUCCACGGGAUCCCCAGAACCGGCCGCUGUUGAGACACUGGCCAGGAAGGGGGAGUGGGACGGGCAGCACCAGAACCCUGUCCUUCCCCGCGGACCCCGGGGCUCCAGAGGGGCCACGGGAUCCGGGGGCCCGGCGUCCCCCUUCCUCCCGCUUCCACCCCUCAGGCCAUCGCGCCCAGCACCCUCCCCGCCUCCCUGGCACAAGGAGCACACGGCGGAGCCCUACAGAGUGAAUCCAGGCCCUGUCGCCAGUCCUCUGGCAGAUGUCGGGGCCCCGGGGUCCUCGGCCUGUCCCCGGCCACCUGGAGAAAUCGUGGCGCUCCUGCCCAUCCCCAUCCAGCCAGGGGUCCCUCGCGUGCCCCAGGCUCUUGGGACGGUGACAGGUGGACGGAAGCGGGCACGCCGAGCAUCAACAAGCAGAACCUUCCAGACAGGUCUGCCCAGGAGUCAUCCGGAGCCACGAGGGGCAGGCAGCCGGCGGCCUUGCUCCCUGUGACGUGCCCCGACGGCCCCACCCUCUUUCCUGCUCACAUCCGGGGAGUCUGACCCCAAACGGGGUCCUUGAAGCCACACAGCAGAAGCCCUUGCUGGGGGCGCGCCCGGAGGCUGGGGCCAGCGGAGCCUCCGCAGUCCCGUGGGAGCCGACACCGCCGGCCUCCAGGCCAGGCCAGUCCCUUCAACCUGUCCCGGCAAGGGUCACCAGGCCCGUCACUGACGGGAGCCCCGGGACAGGGCACGGGGGAGGGCUGACUCCUGCAGCCCCAGGCCCCCACUCGCGCACCCCCUCAACGUCUCCCGUUAGCGGGCCCCACGCUGAC